GCAGUCGAAGACGCACCAUGCUGUGGUCUACUGGUGCCGUGCUCCUGUCCGUGUGUAGUACCUUGUUCUGGACACACCCUGUCUCCAGUCACGGGCUACUAGCUGACCCCCCUAGCCGCAGCUCGAUGUGGAGACUAGGCUACCCGACGCCCGUCAAUUACCAGGACAACGAGCUCUUCUGUGGAGGAUUUGCUCAUCAAGUAGAGCAAGGCUACAAGUGUGGCGUAUGUGGCGACCCCUACGAUGGGGUGCGAGACAACGAGGAAGGCGGGAAAUACGCCACAGGGAUCAUUACACGAACAUACCAUCAAGGGCAGACAGCAACAUUUCGAGUGAACAUAACAGCCAAUCACAAAGGGUAUUUUGAGUUCAAGCUUUGCCCCACCAACAGUGCCACGGUCAAGACGACCCAGGCUUGCCUUGACCUUUACCCCGUGCAGAUGGCGGACGGGUCGGGCACCAAGUACCAACUAACCCCCGGGGUGGCGAAGACCUUUGACGUGCAGGUGCAGCUACCCCAGGACUUGAACUGCAGGCUGUGUGUCCUACAGUGGCGCUACCACACAG